AUGUCGCAGGUACUCGAGACCAUCUUUGGGGAGCUUGGUAUCACCCAGUACCUCGAUGCGUUCCUGGAGCAGGGCUUCGACACAUGGGAGACCAUUCUCGACAUUACCGAGUCCGACCUCGAUGCGCUGGGGGUGAAAUUGGGCCAUCGACGGAAACUCCAGAGGAAGAUCGCCAGCUACCGCGGCAUUGCCCCCGAUGCUGCCCUGGUGUUUCCGACUCAGUCAAGUGUUGAAGACGGCAAAUCUCAGGAUGCCGUCAAAUCCGAGAAUCAGAAGGGCGACGGCCGUGAGCCCGUGACCAUGAUCGUCACGAAGCGGAAAUACCGCCGGCAUCCCAAGCCCGACGAGAAUGCCCCUGAGCGGCCCCCAUCUGCCUAUGUGCUCUUCGCCAACAAAAUGCGCGAGGAUCUCAAAGGCCGUAACCUGAGCUUUACCGAGAUGGCUAAGCUCGUUGGUGAAAACUGGCAGAACCUCACGCCAGAGGAAAAGGAGCCGUAUGAGACUCAAGCCCAGCGCUGCAAGGACAAGUACUUGGCCGAGCUGGCUGAGUACAAGAAGACGCCCGAGUACAGAAAGUACCAAGAGUACCUCAAAGAAUUCAGGGAGAAGCAUGGCUCUCCCUCACAAGACAAGGAAAACGCAAAGCGAAUCAAGGUCGAGGCCGCCAGCACAACGAGCCGCACGAGCCCCGGCGCCACUCCAUCUCGGAAAACCAGCAGGAGCGGCAGCGGCCCCGAGAGCCACCGAGGAAGUGAACCGCCGACCGGCAGGCAGAGGCUCGGGUCUGUCGUUUCUACUGCCGAGUCUCAGUGCUCAGCGUCGGCUGCUCCUUCAGUUGCAAAUCAUUCUCCUCAGGAGUCGACGGCUGCCUCGCCUGUGGUCCCAGUGAAGUCAGAGCAGCCAUCGUCGAGGGGUUCGCCAACUUUGGGCGCAGUUCAUCCGCAACCAGGUCUCCCUCUGCCUCCGGCUCAUCACGGCGAGGAUAGGGGCAUGCAACGACAGCUCCCGUCGCUAUCUGAUGUCUUCGAUAACCGCGGGUUGUCCGGCUCAGGGCGUCCAUCGUCGAGCGAUCCUAGCAACUACCAUUACUCGGCUCAUGGACACUCCAACAGCGACGUCCGUGGCCCCACCUUCAAGAGCGACCCUCACUAUGAGCAUUCGUCGCAUCCUACUUCCUUCAGCCAUCCUCCUCGGACAGCAGCUGACGGCCCUUUGCCCAUUCAUGCGCUGCUAGCAAACAAGCCCGAGCCAGCCUUUGACCAUCGGCAACCACUCCCGAUGCAUCCCCAUCAGCAGCAGCAUCAUCAUCAGCAUCAUCAUCAGCAUCAUCAUCACCACUCGUUCCAUGGAAACCCAUUCCAGGCUUCGGCUAACCACAGUGAUGCCGCUGGUGGCUUACCUGCUCUGAACGGUUAUCACAAUGGAGCAUCCUCGGCGACACACGCACCGCCAGCGCAGUCGCACCUGCAACCUCUGCCGCUACCCAGUAGCAGCAUGCACCACCACUCAGCAUCAGCAGCACCAUCACCAUUCUCAGCCUCCUCCCAUCCGCAACAGCCGCUUCGAACGCUGACCCCACCAGUACCGCCCCCGGCUUCGUCCUCAGCCAGGCUACCCCCUCCAGGACCAUCACCAGAGCAAGGCGGGCGGCCAGGGCACUCACAUAGCGUCAGUUUCGACGGCAUGAGCGCCUUGCUGAGAGCGGGGGAGAUUGUCGAUCGGCGGGCAUGA